AUGUUUACAGUCGGCGCAGCGGCCUUCGGAAGUAGCGCAGAUCUUCCGAAGAAUCAUACUGGCCCAAUCUUUGAUCCGGGCGGGGAAGAUCGGGAUAACGCUAGUUCGAGCUGCAACUGUGGACUGGGAGUGCAACGCGACACGGGACGGCUUCGUUGGUGUCCGGGAAGCAGGUGGAGUCGUUUGUUAUUCGUGAUUCCUGCCGCUUUGCUGCCAUUGCUGGGCUUGUUUGUACUCUUAUCUAGUUUGGGUGCGGUGGGGGCGGGCGACAGUUUACUAACCAGGAGAGGAUCAGGCGCUCCCAUGCAACGCCGAGAUAGCUGCACCGCGGUUCGAUACGGUCUUCCUGAACACUUGGAGGCGGAGGAACGAGAAGUAUUAAGUGAUCUACGAACUUCAUUUAUACCGCCGGAGUCAGUUGUCCCGCCGAAUUGUGUGGUCGGCAGGUCAAUUAGAUCGAAAAGGCUAUCUUGCACCGAAGGAAAAUGCGAUUUAUCUUCGCGUCGCACAAGGUUUAUUGGAAAUCUAUCCACUGAUAUCACAAUUUGGGCUAAUACUUCAUACGGUGAUAAUCCGAUAUUAAAAUUGCAUAAAGUCAGUAACUUUACAUUGGAAAAUGAUGAACCUUUAGCAUCUGAUGGAAAUCCUAAAUAUAAUACUGAACACAAACUGGAAAAAAGAGAUGAUUAUGCACAAGAUAUUGAAAGUUCCGGAGAUGUUGAAUUUGACGUGCACUCGCCAAACAAAUCAGGUGUUGCUGAAAUUCAGUUACCUUGGAAAAUCACAUCUCUUGGAAAGGAUGCUCGGCCUAUAACUGACGAUGAUUUUAAACAAAGUCAACAAUUUGAACUAGAGAAUGCUGAGCUACUCGAAUCUCCACCAGCACUUGCUCCACAUGCAGUUUGGCGUGGACAAGGUUCUCCAGAAUAUAUAAGAAGCGCUCAAGCCGAAGCCAUGAAACGAUACAUGGAUCCCACCGCUGAUCCAUGCAUAGAUUUUUAUCAACAUGCAUGUGGAAACUGGGAGCGCUAUAAUCCUAUACCGCCUGACAAAGCGGGAUAUGAUACAUUUGAGAUGCUUCGCGAAAGCCUUGACCAAGUUCUUAGAGAACUUCUAGUUGAAGUGCCCAAAACGACUACUAAAUUUACAAAUUACGAUGAUGCUGUAUACAAAGCACGAGCCUUGUACGAAUCAUGUAUGAAUUACGCAGUUUUGAAGCGUCGUGGAAAUAGUCCACUUCUAGAUCUGUUAGAUAAAUUAGGUGGAUGGCCGGCUAUAAAUCCUAACUGGAAUGAAAAAGGAUUUGAUUGGUUGCAAUUAACAGCACAAUUAAGAAUGUAUAAUAAUGAUAUUCUUAUUGCUGAAUGGGUUGGGCCAGAUAUAAAAAACAGUGACGAAUAUGUGAUACAGUUUGAUCAAACAAGUUUAGGUCUUCCUACUAGAGAUUAUUAUCUGGAAUCCAUUAACAUACCAUAUCUGAAUGCAUAUAGAGAAUACAUGCUGACUAUUACGACAUUGCUUGGUGCUAAUCCAGCGAAUGUGUCUUGCAUUGUAGAAGAAAUCCUAGAUUUUGAGACCAAACUUGCACAAAUAACUACCGCACCGGAAGAUAGACGCAACGUUUCUGUUCUUUACCAGCGUCUGUCCAUUGGCAGGUUGAAACAAUUAGUUCCACAAAUUGACUGGAUUAGGUAUCUGAACAUUGUACUAGAACGACCUAUAAACCCCAACGAAACUGUGGUGAUGUUUGCUUUAGGUUAUAUGCAGGAUCUGGUACGGCUACUCGCAAGAUCUGAUGCGCGUACUGUUUCUAAUUACUUGAUGUGGCGGUUUGUGCGACAUCGUGUCAAUAAUUUGGAUGAUCGUUUCCAACCAGCAAAACAGAAAUUUUACUAUGUUCUUUUCGGUCGUGAACAAUCACCGCCACGAUGGAAAAAUUGCGUUUCGCAGGUGAACACCAACAUGGGAAUGGCUCUGGGAUCUUUAUUUGUUAGAAAAUAUUUUGAUUAUACUAGCAAGAAUGAUACUACAGUAAUGACGUCAGAGAUUCAACAAAGUUUUAGAGAAUUGUUAUACAAAACCGAUUGGAUUGAUAAUCAAACAAAGCGCUUGGCUGCUGAAAAAGUGAACGCUAUUAUUUUGAGAAUUGGCUAUCCUGACUAUGUAUUAGAACCUGAAACUCUCAACGAUAAAUACAAGGAUGUUAAUAUCGAUAAAGGAAAAUAUUUUGAAAACACACUAGAAAUUUUAACACACCUCACACGGGCAGAACAAUCUCGACUUGGUCAACUCGUAAACAAGACAGUGUGGCACACAGCUCCAGCAGUUGUUAAUGCCUACUAUAGUCGAAAUAAAAAUCAAAUAAUGUUUCCAGCUGGAAUUUUACAGCCUCCAUUUUAUCAUCGAUAUUUUCCACGGUCUCUUAAUUACGGUGGCAUAGGUGUCGUCAUCGGCCACGAACUAACUCACGGUUUUGAUGACAAGGGAAGGCUGUUUGAUAAAGAAGGAAAUUUACACAAAUGGUGGAGUGAAAAAUCAAUAGAUGCUUUCCACGAAAGAGCGCAAUGUUUAAUCGAUCAAUAUAGUAAUUACACUGUUCCAGAAGUCGAUUUGCAAAUAGACGGUUUUAAUACUCAGGGAGAAAAUAUAGCUGAUAAUGGAGGUAUUAAGCAAGCUUUUAGAGCAUACAGGCGUUGGCUUAAACUGCAUGGAAAUUCAAAUGAGACUCUUCCUGGUAUUAACGCGACGAAUACACAAUUAUUCUUUCUAAACUUUGCACAGGUUUGGUGUGGUGCCAUGCGACCUGAAGCCAUGAGGAAUAAGCUAAAGACAGCCGUCCAUAGUCCAGGAAAAUUCCGUGUUAUAGGAACUCUAUCAAAUUCUGAAGACUUCGCACGAGAAUAUAAUUGUCCACGUGGAUCGCCGAUGAAUCCUAUAAAAAAGUGCAGCGUUUGGUGAAAUUGCAGG